CAUCAGCCGGAUUCAGUUCGUUCAAAAAAAUAAGCAAAAUUAUAUCAAUAGCUCGGGAAGUUGUUGAGCGCUAUACAAGGAAAGAAAUAACAAUUUGCAGUUCAACGUAAUAAAUUACUAGCUAGCCUUUUUUGAAGUGAUUUUUUUUUCCAGAAGAAAUAUUAAUUUUACCAGAUGAGCAAAGACGUAGGAAUCCCAGAGGGUUCCGAAGGCUUUCAUUCAUAUUAUACGCAGAAAAUAUCAGAGCUUCAGUUCACUGUGAACGAACGCCAAAAGAACUUGCUCCGUUUGCAGGCUCAGAGAAAUGAACUCAACCUCAAGGUUCGCUUGCUGCGCGAGGAGCUGCAGUUGCUCCAGGAGCAGGGGAGCUAUAUUGCGGAGGUUGUGAAGCCCAUGGACAAGAAUAAGGUCCUUGUGAAGGUUCAUCCCGAGGGCAAGUAUGUAGUGGAUGUGGACAAGACCAUCAAUAUUAAGGAUGUGACACCCAGCAGCAGGGUGGCCCUGCGAAACGAGAGCUACACGCUUCACAAAAUUCUGCCCAAUAAGGUGGACCCAUUAGUAUCCCUUAUGUUGGUGGAAAAGGUGCCCGACUCCACCUACGAAAUGGUGGGUGGCUUGGACAAGCAGAUCCAGGAGAUCAAGGAGGUGAUUGAGCUGCCUGUAAAGCAUCCGGAAUUAUUUGACGCCUUGGGCAUUACCCAGCCAAAGGGAGUGCUCCUCUACGGACCGCCUGGAACUGGGAAAACCCUGUUAGCCCGAGCUGUAGCCCAUCACACGGAGUGCACUUUUAUACGGGUUUCAGGGUCGGAACUGGUUCAGAAAUUCAUCGGCGAGGGUUCGAGAAUGGUAAGGGAGCUUUUUGUGAUGGCUAGGGAACACGCUCCAUCCAUAAUAUUCAUGGACGAGAUCGACUCGAUUGGUUCCGCUCGACUGGAAACCGGAACGGGGGAUUCGGAGGUCCAGCGAACCAUGCUGGAGCUUCUGAACCAACUGGACGGCUUCGAGGCUACUAAAAACAUUAAGGUGAUCAUGGCCACCAAUCGCAUCGAUGUCUUGGAUCAGGCAUUACUGCGUCCUGGUCGAAUUGACCGCAAGAUCGAGUUUCCGCCACCAAACGAAGAGGCCAGAUUGGAUAUCCUGAAGAUACAUUCUCGCAAGAUGAACCUCACCAGAGGCAUCAAUCUUCGCAAGAUUGCUGAAGAAAUGCCGGGGGCUUCUGGUGCUGAAGUCAAGGGUGUUUGCACCGAGGCGGGAAUGUAUGCUCUGAGGGAAAGACGGGUCCAUGUCACCCAGGAGGACUUUGAAAUGGCCGUCUCCAAGGUAAUGAUGAAGGACUCCGAGAAGAACAUGUCCAUCAGAAAGUUCUGGAAAUAGCUUAUAUAACUAAUUUUAAAACAUUUGAAAGCUCCAUUAUCAGACUGAAUAUAAUAGUUGAUAUAAAUAAU